GAUAUGAUAUACUGCAAAGUUCAGCAACAAACCACAAUGAAUUACAGGCUUCAACUUUAGAAAAGGCACAUACAUAUUGUGGCUGAUUGUCUAUGGAUGUGAAUGUAAUGACAGUAGAUGAUUUCAACCCUCCUGACAUAUGUGGUGAUGAAAGAUGUCAAGACUAUUUCAUGGAGUUUGUGUAUUGUUUCAUUAUUCCAGGGGGAAUAGUGUUGUUACUGACAAUGAUAAUUACAGUAUCUAUCCUCUGUACUUGCUGUAAAAGGAAAGAAAAGCCGGUGGAAGAGUAUGAAAUGGAAUGUUAUAAUACAAUAAGGAGAGCAUCUCAGAGUCUUAGAGAUCUGUCACACAAGAGAGAUACAUUGUUAGAACCAAGGAGUGGAUCUCUGAGCUUACCUAGAAAUGGUUCCAGUGGCAGAUCAAGAAGAACAUGCUACUCUGCUCCUAAUACACUACAAAGAGACAGACGUCGGCAUCAAAGAGAAGAAACCCAUAGUUUGUCACCACCCAGUUAUCAAAAUCCACCAGCUUAUUCAUAUGUGUCAGACUUAUAUGGAUCAGAAUCAUACGAAUUAAACCAGCCAAGUAUGCCAACACAUUACAAAUAUGACUUGUAACUACAUGUACAGUGACCUAGAUUUUGGAUUCAAGUUAUGAGUUGGGAUUAUAAGAAUGUUACAUAUCCAUACACUGGCAGCCUUAUGUUACACAAGACCAUCAGGAAUUUGAGUGUUAACUUCUAUAAGAAGUUAGAUAAUGCCAUCAGUUAAGAUCUUCAAUGAUGGCAUAUACAUGUAUAGUAAAUAAAUUCUAAAGAAUAUUCUAAAUAAGGACCAUUUUAAUUUUUGGUCAGUUCUGUAUCAAUAUGUUAUUUAUAAACUUUUUUUUUUAUCACAGAAUAAAAGCCAAUAAUUUUCUCUAUUAUUUUCUCUAUUUUCUCUCUGUUCCAGAAUAUCGUUCAUUAUAAGGGCACUUUUUUAUGACCUUUUCGCCCUUAAAAUAACAUUUUCAUUUAACUUAAGUUGAAAAUUUGCAUUUAAAGUUUCCCAACAACUAUUUUUAUUAAUCAAUUUUAAACAAGGAUUUCCAAAAUACAGACAGAUUCAUAUUAAAAAUUAAUUAUUGGGUUGAUAUUGUCCUAGGGUGAUUUAUGAUAGGAAGUAGAUGGAUUAAAAAGAGACAAAAGAUACCACAGCUACAUUAAAACUCACAAGUCCAAAAAUACACUGUCAAGGCAAUGGCUAAAAUAAGACCAAAAUACAAACAACAGUUAAGGUUUUAUGUAGUUAUGAACUUGUCAUGGAAUAGAAGCUCCUUUAUGAUAUGAAUUUAUAAUGGAAAAAAUAUAUUGGAAUAUUUUUCCCACUGAAAUAUGCAUUCAUUCUUGAAGCAAUAAAGGAUAUAGAAUAUUUGUUCUAAAAUCUUCUUAGAUUACUCUUGCCGUUUAUCUGUUUAUACUUAUAUUUUCAUAUUAUUGGUAUAUUUUUUUCAAAAUAGAUGUUUAUUGUUUUAUUGUAGAAUCUUUAUAUUCAAGUUAUAAUACUCCGUCCUAAUAUAUGUGCCAAAAUACUACAUUUUAGUUAGUUAUGUUAGUACAUUCAUUAAACAUAUCAAAUUCAUAAUUCUUCCAUAUAUAAAAAUUAAAAACGUGUAUUUAUGUGCAUAUUUAAUGUGAUUUAAUGUGAAAUUUAAACCCACCAUAUUUUUGUCUUUAUAUUUUACACAAUUAUUUAUUUGAACUUUGCAUUUUAGUUUUGUGUAGUCUUGCCAGUUUGUAGAGAUUUAUCAGUGUAUUUGAUAUUGUGCCUAGUAUUGUAUAGUUUAUUUAAAAAUUAACAUGUAUUUUAUAACAUAUAGUUGUUUUUUCUGUCUUUUUUAAUAUCAUUUGUUUAAAUAUUUCAGUGUAUUUAUACUAAUAUAUUUUACAAGAAAUAAUUGGCUGGAAAAAAAUAGAGAUUUCUUUAUCAAUGUAUUUUGCAUGUAGUUUAUUGAGAACAUUUAUAUAUGUAGCACAGCUGAUAUACACCAGUUUUCCUUUACUUAUACCGGUAAUAUGUGUUCAUCAUUAUGGCAUUAUAGAUCAGUAGUCUGUUUUUAUGAAAGAAACUAUCAAUGCAUUUCAAUUCUCUCUUGCCAGUUAUUAUUGUAAUUGUAUGUGGAGCAUACAGUGUUUUUAAAGGAAUCAAUGAGGGGGGAUAGGACCUUUAUCUGGACUCCAGGAUAGGGUGUUUUUAAGCUUGGAAUUUCGGGAUUCUGGAAUAAAAAAAAAUAUUAUCAAAAUACUCAUCAUUACUUUGGUUAAAUUUAAGAUAGAAUUAUAAGAUUGCUUUUUCAUUUACAUGCACCCCAUACAUAUCAUUUUAUUUAUAUAAUCCAUUGUCUGCAAUCAUUACUAAGAAAACUUUAGAACUAUUUGAACUCUAAUUAAAAUCUUGAGUGAACUCCAGUAUUUUUGAAGAGUACUAAGAAGUUUGUUCUAUAGUAAUUGAUAAUCAAGGAAUCCACAAUCCCUAAUAUUUAUAGUCAUGUCAAUUGUUCUUAUUUUAUAUAUAUCUAAAAAGGUGCUAUUUUAAUGUAGGUUUUGUCAGAUAGAAGGUAAACAUGAAAAAUGAUCUAAAGGUUUAAAAAGAAUUUACAAAAGUUUAAUAGGUAAUGUGUUAACCAAUAAUUUGUUCUCACUUCAUGUACUGUCUGCAUAUUUGUUUACCAGAAAUGCACAGGUCCAUGAUUAAAAAUCUUUUUUAAAGUAGAAAUGUAACAAUGGAUUUGUUUUCAAAAAUUAUCUUGAAUUGAAUUUAUUUCCUAUCUGACAUACCUUUCAUAGCAAGGACUUUCCCAAGGUGCAAUAUAUCUAUGUUUG